AUGCGUUUAAAGAAACUUGUUAGAAAAUUUCGGCCUAGUGUCAUUGCCUUGGCCGAACCUUUCUUGAAGGAGGAUAAAAUUCCUAAUUUUUUGGGACGUUUCAAUUGUGAUUUGUAUCUUACAAAUGAAGAACAACAUGGAAAAAUUUGGUUACUCUGGAAUUCUACUGUUUCUGUUCAUUGGUUGGCUGGGUCUAAUCAAUUCAUGUCAGUAAAAAUUGAAGAGAAUGGGCAUGUUUUCGUCCUUACCAUUGUGUAUGCUAAAUGCACCCAGCUAGAGAGGAAAAUGUUGUGGGAGGACUUGGAAGCUUCUGGGUGUGGUAACCUUCCUUGGGUUAUUUGUGGGGACUUCAACAUUAUUAAAAAUGACUCGGAACGACGAGGUGGUCAUCCUCGGCCUUUUGCUGCUAUGGAAGAUUUCAACUUGUGCAUUCAUAACAAUGGCUGGUUGGAUAUGUGCGCUAAAGGCCCCAGUAUGACUUGGUGCAAUGGUCAGGGUGGACUGGCUCGUUGCUGGGCAAGGUUAGAUAGAUGUUUCAUUGAUUCUAAUUUUCUUAAUUGUUUUCCUAAUGUUUUUUUUCAGGUUUUGGCUCGUACUACUUCUGAUCAUUCCCCAUUGGUGAUCCAAAUGGGUGAGGAUCCUUUUAGGUAUGGUCCUAGUCCUUUCAGAUUUCAAUUUAUGUGGUCUGAUCAUAGUGACUUCUUUCGUCUUGUUGAGAGUGUGUGGAACGCUGAGGGGCAUGGCGUUGGCCUUGCUAAUCUGUCUCAUAAAUUGAAAAGGGUUAAGGUGGCUUUAAGGGAUUGGAAUCGGUCUAUUUUUGGUAGAACUGAUUUUAUCAUUAAUCAAUUAGAGGAUCGUAUUGCGGUUCUUGAAAAUAGACUUCAGACUUGCUUUAAUAUUGAUGAUGAUAAAGAUCUCCUUCAAACUAAUUUGGAUCUUUCUAUUUGGAGGGAUAGGGAGGACACCCGGCUUGCUCAUAUGGUUAAAAAAAGUUGGUUGCAAGAUGGAGAUCAAAAUUCUAAGUUUUAUCAUGCUUUCCUUAAUGCUAAAAAUCAUAAAAGGAUUAAAGAGAUGCGCUUGGUUGAUGGUUCUUGCUUAAAUACCCCUUAUGAUAUUCAUAAUGCUGCUGUUGAUUACUUUAAAAAUUUUUUGGGGGUUGGGGGUACUCGUGAGUUGCCAAAUCUUAGUGAUUUGAUUUCUCAUGUGAUUACUGAGGAUGAGAAUUUGGCGCUUUGUAGAGCUCCUUCUUUAGAAGAUAUUAAGGAUGCUCUUUUCAGUAUUCCCAUUGAUAGUAGUCCUGGUCCAGAUGGUUUUGGCUCGGGUUUUUAUAGGGUCUGCUGGGAUCUGGUUAAAGAUGAUUUGUUGACUGCUAUCUCUGAUUUUUUUCUUAAUAAUUCCUUUCCCAUAUUUUAUACUGCCUCCUUUAUUGUUUUAAUUCCUAAAGUGGAUAAGCCUUCUGGUUUUGACAAAUUACAUUACUUUUUUUAA